AUGGAGUCCCUUUUUAUUUUGCGAGCGUAUUCAGUUUAUGAAAUCAGUUAUUCAGUUAUAACUUUCCGGUUAGUUCGUCGGCCGACCAACACUUAACAUCAACUUACUGCUUACGAUCUUGUUGCUUCUGUGAUUCAAGAAACUUUUCACAAAUCCAUUCUGUAGUUCGCUCGGUUGAAAAAUACUUGAUUGAUGAAAAAGAUGGCUAUUGAGACAGAUUUUGCUAAGCAGUUUGAGAAUUUAAGAAAAAUAUGUGUUGAAUUGGAAGAAAAGAGCAAAAAAGAUGAAAUGAGGUGUUUGAUAUUGGAAACUGAGGUUGAAGAUUUGAAGAAAAAGAACCAAGAACUCAAGGGGAAGAUCAAAAUGAUGCAGAAGGUUUUAUUUGAUUCAACCUGUGUGAAAAAGAAGUUGAAGGAGAAGGUUAAACAGUUGGAGGCAAAGAUAGUCCAAGAGGAUGUUAAUGCGGUUUCGAGAGGGACUAAACAAGUUUUUCAUAGCCGAGUUAGAAAACGGUUAUCGUUUGAGGAAGAAGACGGAUGGCCCAAUAAGAAGAUGGCGCCAUCUACUCCAGGCGUUAUUGAUAUUAGUGACGAGGAUGUAAACUACAACGAGAUUCCAAAAGUGAAAAACGUUAGAAAAUGGGGUGAUUUGACUAAAAGUCAAUGUUCUCGCGAGAAUGACCUCCAAAAGACUAAUCUUGAACAUACUGAUGACGAGUUUAGAGUUCGUUCAUCGAGUACUAGAAGUGCUAAAAGAAGACGGGCUGCCCAAAUUGUUGCAAGUGAUGAUGAGGAAGAAGUGAAAGAGAAUGUAAGUAGAAGGAGGUACUUAACGAGACUGAGAAAAUCCGAAUUUAAAAACAAACAAGACAAACGCAGUUUUGACUUGAAUAAAACCGCUGUUUCAAGUGACGUUGGGGAAAAUAAUGAUGGCGUAGAUGAGUCAGAGAGUGAAGGUGAAAGUUUGGGUGGAUUUAUUGUUGACGGUUCUGAAAGUAGUGAGAGCGCUGAUGAGUCCGACGACGCUUUAAAUGAAUAUAAAGCAGCUUUGGAUAAGAUUGGCAGGAGAAAGAUUCCGAAUCGGAAGUGGGAUCUAGAGGGGGACAUGUUAUCUGAUUUUGGUAAAGAUCCUGCAUUGUGUAUGAGUGCGGUUUGUGCUCUUUAUAGGCGACAAACGGGUGACGAGAAAGCAUCUAAAGUAACAAGAUACCAUAACGAGCAAGGGUUUAGCCAGACUGAUGCAUGGAGGGCUAGCAAGCUGGCUGAAAUUCUCACGGAUGGAGAUCCUAAUGGCGAUCUUAGCGUAACGGUGGAAGAACUGAAAAAAUAUGACUCGAAGGGGAUCGAACUAUGCUUGACACUUGCAACUAAAUACUCAAAACAGUUAUUUCGGAUUUACCAGAACAAAGAAGAUCCUUAUUUCCCGCCACAAAGAUGAGUUCUUGCUUGCACCCUCAUGCCAAGAUAUGUGAAUCAGAAUAUUAUCCUAUGUAGAUAUAAUAUGCACACACCAUGUAUGGUAGUUUUUUGGUGUAUGGUGGAUAAAAUUCUUUGCUUAUGUGAAUAUUUUCUUUGUAAGUUGUGUUUUGAAUAUGAUGGUGCAAAUGCAGCUUUUGGUAAGUGUUA